AUGAUACAACGGCCUCGCUCAUCAUCAAAGCCUACCACCAACACCUUGAUUGAUUUCCAUGCAUUACGUGAUCCCGUCCCUCUCAGCAACCUCUCUCCUCGAUCUCUUUCUGAAAAACUGAGAGAAUCCACAGACCUGUCAAAAAUCAACUUUAAAUUUUUACUUUUCGAAAUUCGAGUACAAGCCAAAGCAGAUCAAGCGGUCAUUUCAACUCUUCCAACCAAUAACUCUCAAGAAUGUCAUCCACUUUGUGUGUUGUUUCAACUUCAAAAAGCGUUGGCCACCCCAAAUGACACAAACACGAAAUUAUUGAACUCUAAUUACACCAUGAGUGUUGAAGCAGCUCCUGAACUUUUUAUUGCCACUCCCGAAAUAACCUCUCAUUUGCCAUUAUAUGUACUGGCCAUCAAUACGGAGUGGUCUCUUAACUCACAUUUGGAUUUAUAUUUUAAAACUGUUCGUCAAGUAUUUUGUGAACAGGAACAGGAAUUCUUUUCAGAGCAGAAUUCUUCCUAUGAUUUUGAAGUGAUGGCGACUCAAAUUCAUGAACUGCUCUCUGAUCGACUGGAAAAGGCUCUUCUUAAAUUGGCCACUCGUGAAAGUAAAGCCAUUUCAAAGUCUUUGCUCACUUUUAAAGGAAGUAAUCACAUACCAGUGGAGAUGGAUCAUGAUGAAAUUACGAAAUUGAAUAAGGAAUUGAAUACGAAUGAUUUUACAAAGAAUGUACUUUUUUCAACACCCACUCCGUAUAACGACUUUCAUACAGAAUCCGUGUUGCAUUUACAUAUUCCAAUUCCACAAAAUUGGGAAUCGAUGAAUGACUUGUCUACAACACUUGUGAAGUUAAAACCAACUAGUAAUGAAUACAAGUUUGUGAAAUCUUUGAUGGAUACUACGAUUCAAAAACACAAAGGAAAUGUUGGAGGAGAGUUUUCACAAUAUCUCAUUCGUUCCAUUACAAGAAUUCAAAAUGCCAAGCUCUAUGUGAAAUAUUUUUUGAAAUCUCAAGAAUAUGCACAUGAGAAGAAGCAAUUAGAAUUGUAUUUAUUUCAUGGCUGUCCUGAGGCUGUAGUGGACACCAUUGUUGAGUAG